AUGAAGUCACGUGAUCCUAAUUCAAGCAAACGUCAGUCAGAUGCUGGCCCUCAUUAUGACACGCCCCCAGUUGAUUUGCUCACUGCUACUACUAUCAAUACUUAUAAUUCUACAACUACUUAUACUACUGCUACUACAAAUAAUAACAAUUAUAAUAAUAAUUAUAAUUAUAAUAGCAAUAAUAAUAUUAUUAUUGACGUUCCUUCGGCGAGCGGAGAUGCGUUAGUUAGUUCAACCGGAAGUAGUGAUGUGCUGGUCGCCUCUACCGGAAGUAGUGAUGUGCUGGUCGCCUCCACCGGAAAUAGGGAUGUGCUAGUCGCUUCUGCCGGAAAUAGGGAUGCGCUGUACAGUAGCGUCACGUCGAGUUCCCACCACUACGACGAAGUCCUCGAUAUUGAUCUCUCCUUGUAUGACGAUAAUAAGAGCAAUAGUAAUAAUAACAAUAAUAAUAAUAAUUUCGCCAACAUCACUUGCAACAACAACAAGAAUAAUAAUAAAAACAAUAAUAAUAAGGAUAAUAAUUUUGCCAACAUCACCAGCAACAACAUCAACAACAACGACAAUGAUGUUAAUAAUGCCAUAAAACAUUCAGAGUUUUGGGGUAGUAGUAAUAGUAGUAGUAAUAAUAAUAAUAAUAAUUAUAAUAACAAUAAUAAUAAUAAUAACAAAAAUUUUUCCAGUUGUCAACCACCCCUGCCAAAUCUGCCCCCACACCAGCUACAAACAACAACAACAACAACGACAUCAUUAUCAGCAUCGCCAUCAUUAUCAUCACCGUCCUGUCGAAACCGACAGCCGAGACUCGGAGUAUCGGCACACCGUUUCACAAACAUCACAUCCCUGGCCGAUAUAUCACCGCACCGCUAUCCAUACCGAGAUACCGAGAUACCCCUGUCGAGUACUAGAGCAAUUCAUUACAACCAAAAUUUGUUUUUAGCGCGAAGAAAAAAUGAUGUCACCGAAAAUGGAAGAAACCGAUUCGGCAAAAUAGCGAUUCGAAAUACCGAGAACAUAGAGAUGGCUGGUCUGGCAAGUGUUUCCACAUCCGUGCCGAAUCGGAGCACGUGUUCGAAUAAUAAUAAUAAUAAUACUCAGUACUUAUCCACUUUUUUUUCUACGGUGGGCAGAGCGAGGAGGCGUCAGACUGGGAUGGUGCUGGAUGCAGACGAGGCCAGCCUGCCCAGACAAUGCAGCGUCUCGUAA